UUUUGGGUUUCCUUAGAUAGAAACUUCUCAGUCAAUUUGAAUAAUAAACUGAACCUGAACUAUACAUUGGAUCGACUUAACUUUUUUUCCCCUUUGUUUAUAAAGAAGAGAUGAUGUGUUGUGAACUGUAUUGUAGUGUGACACAAAUUCAGUUUUGUUUUCAGACCCCUGACCCUGAAAACAACAAAGCUUCUUUCAUCCAUCCAGAAAUGUUGCUCCAUUUUUCUUUAGGUCAGUGGAUUGGCUCUUCAGUUAACUGCAACCUCUUCAGCACCUGUUGUUUUCUUCUACAGUGUCUUGUAAUUGAACUGUGUUGUUUAAAUAAAAGUUUAAAGCACAGGCAUGUUGCAGUUACACAGCUGUUGGACAAAUAUCAUAGUGAUUUAUCUUAAUGUCCAUCAUGUUUUAGCUUGAGUUUAGCCUCUGGCUUGUAUUUUAAACUCAACACAAACCUUCAUGGAGGGCUGGCUGUAUAGUUAAUGAAUAAUCAAACAUGGUACUGUUCAAAAGGGACAUUAAUAAAAAAUGAGUUGGAGGCUUUGCCAAAACACAAGCUUUUGUUCUGACUGGAAGUGGACAUCUUUCCAAUCCUGGAACCAAGUAUUUCCUUAUCCAAGAGUAAUCUGCCUUUGGUCUCUUCCCCCCCCCCCUCCCAGUCUGAACAGCCAGUAAACAGUGUGUGAUUGUUUGGGGCCAGUCUCCCAGAUUUACAGGGCCCUUGCAUUAACAGUACUAUCGUUAAUGUCCAUGCUAUCGUCAGUCUGAGGACAGUCCUGCAGCCUGUGAGUCCAGUAUAGGAGGGGAUCAGGUCCUGCAUGUGCGUGCAUGUGUGGGUGUGUGCGUAUGGGGGUGUGUGUGAGUGUAUGUGAGAGAGAGAGAAUGAGCUUGUGCUCACAGUAGUGGGUGAAGGCUGUGUCACAGAGGGCCACUGUGUCCCCGGGCAACAUGAAUAUGGGCCAGUGUGUGUGCGGCCCAGAGGAGGGGAGUAGUAGCCUGUCCACACACUCCACCUCCAGGCAUGUCAGACAUUAUUGACUCAUCCACACACUCCGUACAGACAUGGCUGCUCCAUUUGUGCAUGUAUGGACCUGUUUGAUAAAUGUGCCCUCCUUUCUCUUCUUCCUCAGGGCUGUGGGAAAGACCUGUCUGCUGAUCAGCUACACCACCAAUGCCUUUCCUGGUGAAUACAUCCCCACUGUCUUUGACAACUACUCUGCCAAUGUAAUGGUGGAUGGGAAGCCAGUGAACCUGGGCCUCUGGGACACGGCAGGACAGGAGGACUAUGAUAGAUUAAGACCAUUGUCUUACCCACAGACGGAUGUGUUCUUGAUAUGCUUCUCCCUGGUCAGUCCGGCCUCCUUUGAGAACGUCCGAGCUAAGUGGUACCCAGAGGUGAGACACCACUGCCCCAACACACCCAUCAUCUUGGUGGGGACGAAGUUGGACCUUCGAGAUGACAAGGACACCAUCGAAAGGCUGCGGGACAAGAAGCUGUCUCCCAUUACCUAUCCUCAGGGUCUGGCUAUGGCAAGGGAGAUCGGGGCUGUGAAGUACUUGGAGUGCUCCGCACUGACCCAGCGAGGCCUGAAGACAGUAUUUGACGAGGCCAUCCGAGCCGUGCUCUGCCCCCCACCGGUGAAGAAGAGAGGGAAGAGAUGCACCAUGUUCUGAGGAAGAGGCACUGCUACAACACCACAUCAUCAUGAACAACACACACACUUUCUUUGAGAGAAUGAGAGCUAAAACUGGUGAGAGUGAGUGUGCAGUUCAGUGAUUGUUUUCUGUAGUCUUUUUUUUCUUUUUCAGAACUACAGUAUAUUGGUUAGACGACCAACAUUCUUUUUUUUUUUUUACCAUUCCUGAAUAAGAUGGUAGGUUCCCUGUGAAUGGCACUGACUGUCCGUCUCCGUUGUACUGUUGCCAGGAGGACUGCAGCUUUCCACAACCGUCUUUCUACUGCUCUCUUCUCUCUCAGACAUGCUUGCUUAAAUUAACACAGUGGUAAUUACACAGAACGUCAGGUGUUGAUAGGUUUAGGGUUGAAGUUCCUCUCAGCUCCCUGUCUAAGAUCAGCUCAUUCAGCCCUGAAAACCUUCUGGCUGCUAAUGCUGCAUUCCAUUUACCUGGGAAGUCAGAACUCAGGGCUGGGUUUGACGUCAGACUUGGCGUUUAAGUUAGAAAGUCGGGAUUUGAACAUGGCAAGCUCAUAAACCUUGUUCACAGUAUCUCUUACAAACAUAGUUUUAAGCUUUACUGUUCAUAAGGAAACACCAUUUUUAAUUUGUUCGGUUUAGAGUUACAGGCACUACAUGUAAUAUUGAUUUUUUUCUUACAUGUGUGUCUUGCAAAAUAAACAUUUUUCCACCACAGCUUACUACUGUUGAUUCAAGGAGUGGCCAUACUGAAGCGCGAAAGUCGGAGUUGCUCCACUUUCUAGUUGGGAAAUCUGACUUCGGACGGCGUUCAAGUUGAAUUUUCCGACCAGGAAAUCGGAAUUUCCCAGUUCCGAGUACAACUGGAAUGCAGCAUAUCACAGCUAUCAUUUUGUGAGCUGCACUUUGAGAUAAUAAACAUGUCUAGCUGUGGAAAAACAUCCUGGUCAAACCACCUGAGAAUGGUAAGAAGUUGAUUACUGACCGCUGAGUUCAGAUCUGCAGCUCAGACUAAUGUGGUUUUUUAUGGUCAAAACAGAAAGCACAGCUUAUAUGUUAGGCCUAUACGAAGUAGGUAAAAUAUUUAACACAGCUGUAUCAUGUGAUCUGAGGCUUUUUUUAAAAGAUGCCCAUUGAUUAUAAUAAUUAAUCUCCAGCCUGUUUGUCAUUUUUUACAGAAAAGCUGCGAGCAGUCAGAGUAACACACUGUGGUUAUGCCAUCUGAUGGAUUAAGCUAUAAUUAUUUAUCCAUGAGAAUUUAGCUCAGCUGUAACUUCUCACCUGCCUUCCUUUAUUUACAUCUCUAUAGAAACAAUGUGUAGUCAUAAUUUCAUAGUAGCUUUUCCUUUUCAAAGGAAAUUCUUUAAACUUGAAACACUGAACUCGACUUCCUGGUUUCCUAGAAGCUGGGAUUUGGGCUGAGAGCUCAUCUGGUGCCAGUGAGGCUCAUCAAACCAGUGAUUCUGCUGUUCAUCACUCAGUUCUGGCAAGCAGCUGAUCUUAGACAAGAAUCAGUGGGAAACUUCAACUACAGUCAGGAAAUCAGAGCUGCUUUUGUAGGUUUGCUUUCAGAAAAUGAAAAGUCUCUAAUUUUUGUUGUAGUUUAAAUUUAACACAGAGAGACAAAAUGUCAGCGAAAGAUCCAGAAAACAAAAUGCAAUUUUGAUUCAAAUUUUCUUCAGAAGUAUUUGAUCAAAACCUGCUGUGAUGUUGGUGGAAGAGGCUGUUUGGAAGCACAGCGGCCUGACGGACCAUCAGCGGGUCAGACAGAUCUGAGUGAGGAGUGCUAGAAACCUUUCAGCACGGUGCUUCUGCAGAUCUGAGCUCUGGAAGCCAUUGCCAUGGUGAUGUGUUCUAGUCGAUGCUUACUGGUCGUGGUUCAGUUUUCAGGCCCUCACAUUCAUCCUGUACCUAGAGCUGAAUAUCGUCUGAUAGAACAUUCAAUAUCCAGAACCGCACAGCACUCUGGGAGAUGUAGGCAGGGGAAAGGCUUUAGCUGCUCAACCGCUCACAUUGGUGACAUCAACCAACUCACUUAGUCGUUGGUUACCAAGCAACAACCUGUUGAGUAACAUGCGUAGCAGCUGUUUCAGGUUUCGCCGCCGUUCCUCAUAACUGCUAAAAACUAAAAACAAUAACAUGGAGUGAAAACUGGAUAAAACAGGAAAUUCACGCCACCGGUUUGGUAGUACUUCAGAUAUUUAAAACAAAAAAACGCAUCAAUAAUUAUUGAUAUCCACUGAUAUGAAACUCUUACAUUGUGACAGGUUUUUUUGCCGUAUCGUUCGGCCCUACCAGCUCUCAGCAGGUUGAGUUGAUGCCAUAGAGCUUGGCUUUAGUCCCAAUAUCUCCUCACCAACUAACACCUGCAGAAUGAAGAACCUGGUCAUGUGCCUUCUCCAUGGGGAGCUGAACUUUGACCUUCACUUAGUCAGUGUAGUGAUUCCAUUCCCCUGUGGUCCAGAUGCUCCUGGCCUCUCGUUUGUCAUCCACCUGGAGGUGAGACCCUUCAUAGAGCAGCAGACUGAACACACUGCAUGGUCAUUAACUGGCGUUACCUAGCAACCAAACUUCAGACUGAAGUUCUUGUCCCCUGAUGUCCUCUCUGAGUAGGCUGCUGUCAGAAGCUGAUUCUGUAGACAAAAAACACCUGGAUAGUAUCUGUUAUUGAUGGAUUGAUUAACUGAUUGUAAUCUGUGUGCCUUGUGGUUGCCCAAACUCCAUUCGCUUUGCAGAAAUACUUCAGUGUUUCUGGGUCUAUUCUGUGUCUGAUUGUUAAAUGAAUCUACCACAACAUCACAAACCAUGUGAUCCUCAGUAAGAAGGUAAACCUACAGAAACAGCAGAGCUUUCUCUUAUUUCCUGCUCUGGAGCCGUGGACGUGUGUCAGACUAGCAUGCCAAACAUGGAGCUGUCCAACCUUGCUGCCUGAGAUCUGCCUUCAGAAAGGGAGGAGCUUGCAUGGUCUUAAUAUGCUCUGUCUUCAUGAUCCCACUGAUUAGAUCUACUCUCUGUUCACGUGUGUGCGUGUGAGUGAGUUUGUCACAGGCAUGUAAAUAGACGCUGGUAUUUGUGUGUGAACAGGCUCGUGUCGGUAGCAGUGACACGGUGUUGAUCGGGAUGGCGACUAAAGAUAACAUUGUUUUAAGCCAAGUUUUUUAGUGUCCAGUUUUUGGUACAAUUUCAUAUUGUAGUAAUACACAGGAGUUUUCGAAAAUUGUGUGGACAUUAAGGCAGAAAAAAAAGGGUUUUAAUGACAUCUAGUGAUGUACAGAAUGCGCAACGCAUUAGGAAUAUCUGUAUGUACCUAAAUAUGUACCUUCCUAAAAGUAAAACAGUUAACUUUAAAGAAAUUCUAGUUGCUCAUGUUGAAUUUACAAGUGUUGCUAACAGUGUAUAGGAUAAAGGGGCCAAUCUUUGUGCAGUUUGUCAUUGCAGCAAACAGUGCGGAUUGCACCUUUAUGAGCAGAUUUUUCUCUCUGGUUGCAGGGCUGUGUUGGGGGGUGGGUGCAGGGGGGCGGUCUCCGCCUGUCAUGCUGUGUGGUUGAAUCAUGUCAUGUGGUCCUGCCUAGCUAAGGUGUCGAUAUGUAGCUGAGAAACACAGCAAAAGAAAAAAAAAAACUGUAAUACUAUUAUUGCAUGGAAGUUUUCUGGUUGUUUGGCCCACUGUAAAUCUUCUGAGAGCUUGUACGAUGAAAUGCAUCGGCCAUGUACGUAUGUAAGAUGACUUGUAUACUUGUUUCAGCUGUUUGUCUUCUUUUUUAUUAAUUAAUUCACAUGUUGGUGUGGUUAAAAAAACUCAUUUUUGUAUACUAAAUACAAAUGUAUACGUAAAGAA